AUGUCUGAUUCUCGCAUUGAAGAACUUCCUGACGACCACGAGGAGACCAAGAAGACCACCGCAGAUGAUGCUUCUGACUCUUCCGACUCCGAUGAUGCUGGCGAGGGCGAAGGCGACGGCAACAUUCCUGCAGGUUCGCAAGUAGCUGUUCACAGCCGAAACGAGAAGAAGGCACGAAAAGCUAUUGGCAAGCUCGGUCUCAAGCACAUCCCAGGCAUUACACGAGUCACUCUUCGAAGACCAAAAGGCAUUCUCUUCGUGAUCGCCAACCCGGAUGUCUACAAGUCUCCAGUUUCUAACACCUAUAUCAUCUUCGGUGAAGCCAAGAUCGAGGACCUCAACUCCCAACAACAAGCCGCUGCUGCCCAACAGCUCGCCGCCCAAGAAACUGCUAAUACCUCUUCGGGCGACCAUGCCGGCCAUGACCACGGAGAUUCCAAGGGUGCAGAGAAGACCGAGGACAAGAAGGUCGAAGAGGAUGACGACGAUGAUGAGGAGGUCGAUGAUAGUGGUUUGGAGCAGAAAGACAUUGAACUUGUCAUGACACAAGCGAGCGUCAGUCGGAAGAAAGCCGUGAAAGCGCUGAAGGACAAUGGCAACGACAUAGUCAACUCUAUCAUGGCGCUGAGUGUAUAA